AUGUCCGCCAAGCCCUCUGUCGGCUUCGUGAACGAGGCUUCUCGGCAGAUCCUGGCCGGUGGCUCUGCUGGUCUUGUAGAAAUUUGCCUGAUGCACCCUCUCGAUGUGGUGAAAACCAGGUUCCAGAUUCAGAGAUGUGCAACCGAUCCAAACAGUUAUAAAAGCUUAGGAGACAGCUUUCGAAUGAUUUUGCGCACAGAAGGGUUGUUCGGUUUUUACAAGGGGAUUAUACCACCCAUCUUGGCUGAAACACCAAAAAGAGCAGUAAAGUUUUUCACCUUUGAGCAGUACAAGAAAUUGCUUGGAUAUGUGUCACUGUCACCAGCAUUGACAUUUGCCAUUGCUGGACUGGGAUCUGGACUAACAGAAGCCAUCGUGGUCAACCCUUUUGAGGUAGUAAAAGUUGGCUUGCAAGCCAAUCGGAACAGAUUUACAGAGCAACCAUCCACCAUGAGUUAUGCAAGGCACAUCAUUAAGAAGGAAGGUUUGGGACUCCGAGGCCUCAACAAAGGAUUUACAGCAACUUUGGGACGUCAUGGAGUUUUCAAUAUGGUUUAUUUUGGCUUCUACUUCAAUGUCAAAAACAUUAUUCCUGUCAAUCAGGAUCCAACCUUGGAGUUUUUGAGAAAAUUUGGGAUUGGUCUUCUCUCAGGCACAAUAGCCUCAGUCAUUAACAUCCCUUUUGAUGUUGCCAAAAGUCGGAUUCAAGGGCCUCAGCCAGUUCCUGGAGAGAUCAAGUACAGAACCUGUUUUAAAACAAUGGCCACGGUCUAUCAGGAAGAAGGCAUUUUAGCUUUGUAUAAAGGCCUGCUUCCCAAGAUUAUGAGGCUCGGACCAGGUGGUGCAGUGAUGCUGCUGGUUUAUGAAUACACCUAUUCAUGGCUUCAGGAGAACUGGUGA